GUGUAUCCUGCACAUCCCUCCCUUCCUGUCUGUUGACUUUCCCUUCAGCUUCAUCGACGGACAGCGGAAUGCCAUGACCUGGGUCCAUAACCUCACCCGCCCCGACCCCCACAGCCAUGUCGCGCGAGUCAUUGCCAUCUGCCUGGUCUUCAGCAUCAGUGCAGUGAUCGCCGUUGCGCUACGGUUGUAUAUCCGGUUGCACACGAAGCGCGCCCUUUGGCUGGACGACUAUGCGGCGGUGUGCAGUGCGGUGUUGGGGAUGGGGUAUGCGGGAAUCUCGGUGGCCCAAACACGAUAUGGCCUAGGCCUGGACGCCGCUUAUUUCCCGGAUGAGAAUGUGGUGAUGUUCAGCAAGAUCCAAUACGCCGGCGGCCCCGUGUACAUUCUCGCUAUCCUCUGCUUCAAAAUCUCGCUUUUGACGUCCUACUUGCGGGUCGGGGGGUUCGUGGCCGCAUAUCGAUGGUGUAUCAUCGCGGUGGCGGGAGCCGUGGUGAUCAACCAAGUGGUGUUCACAUUGCUCUUGACACUGGCCUGCAAUCCGGUCGCGAAGCAAUGGGACACAACUCUCCCCGGGAAAUGCAUUGACACGGUCGCUUCAUACUAUGCCUUGGCCGGAACAAGUCUCGGCUUCGACAUGCUCAUUAUUGCCCUCCCCCUUCCAGUCCUGUGGUCCCUGCAACUCCGCCAUGCGCAAAAAGUAGCCCUAAUCGCCCUCUUCGCUCUCGGAUUCUUCAUCACCAUCAUCCAAAUCAUCCGCAUCUUUACCAUCAAGAACCUCAAAACCUACACCGACAGUCAACCGAUCGUCCUCUGGUCCGACGUGGAAAUCAGUCUGGGAGUCAUCAUCGCCUGCGUCCCUACCUACGGUCCCUACUUCCACGCCUUCGCCUCCACCCUCACCUCCAGCUACAACACGCGUCGCCGCAAGCGCCACCCCUCGCAGAGCCAGACCCUCGACCCGGCCCGCUCGUACGCGCUGAGCGGGGUGCGUCGCACGCAACGCAACCAAAGCCGCAUGCUGCCCUCUGAAACAGACGACCAGGCCGAAUUCCUAGAGCUAGGGGAGAAUACUGCUGGGCGACACAGACCGUGGGAUAAUUCGGGCGCGGUGACCACGACGAUCGGACACGGGGAUAGCGAUAGCGAUAAGAGGGGAUCGGUGGGGAGCGGGAGUGCGAGGGGCAGCGGACGGGGAAGCGGGGAGGGAAGGAGAGAGGUGGGGAGGAUGGAGGAAGGAGAGGAGGAUGAGAGACCGUUGCAGAUUCAGAAGGUCGUCGAGUUGGAAGUUCGGGUGGAGUAG